AUCGAUCAGGGCAGGCCGCAAUGGCGACGCAGCGCCGAGCGGGGCCGGGGGGGGAGCGGCGGAGGACGGGGGGCGGCAAGGCCCGGGCCCCCGGCACGGCGACGGCAACGGGACGGGGCUGGGCGCUGAGGGGAGCGGUCCCCGGGGCUGCCCUGCUCGGCUCCGCCGUCCUCGUCGGUGGGCUUCUGGGCUGGAGCCUCCCCGGCGGCUGGCAGGGCGGCGCGGAGGUGCUGGCCCGCGGCAGCGAGGCGGUGCGGGACAGGUUCGUGGAGGUGGCCUGCUCCGGGGACUACGGUGCCGGCAGGAGGUUCGAAGGGUGCACUCCCAGGAAAUGUGGAAGAGGUGUAACCGAUGCAGUAAUAACAAGGGAGGAAGCUGGAAGAAUCCGCAGAAUAGCAGAGAGAGGACUGUCCUUGGGAGGAUCUGAUGGAGGGGCAUCAAUUUUGGACUUGCAUUCUGGAGCUCUUUCACUGGGGAAGCAUUUUGUUAAUCUGUACAGGUACUUUGGGGACAAAAUUCAAGACAUCUUCACAGAAGAGGAUUUUGCAUUAUAUCGUGAUGUGAGACGGAGAAUUCAAGAAAAGAUUGCUCAGGUGUUCGGAAUCAACUCUUCCGCCAUGUACCUGACUAAGCCAACAUUCUUCUCUAGAAUAAACAGCACUGAAGCCAAGACAACGCACGAUGAAUACUGGCACCCCCAUAUCGACAAGGUGACUUACGGCUCUUUUGACUAUACUUCACUGCUGUAUCUCUCUGACUAUGCUGAAGAUUUUGGUGGUGGACGGUUUGUGUUUAUGGAUGAAGGUUCCAACAAGACGAUAGAGCCCCGAGCAGGCCGGGUUUCCUUUUUCACCUCUGGGUCAGAGAACCUUCAUCGGGUAGAAAAGGUUCGCUGGGGCACUCGCUAUGCCAUCACCAUCUCCUUCACUUGCAACCCAGACCACGGCAUUGGGGAUCCAGUCCUGACGUAAUUCCUCCCAGGAUGGAACGUGAGGUCGAAUGGAAUGAGAGAAGCCCUGCAAGAAGAGGGGAAAAAUGGAGAUAAUUUUAUAGACUUGCAUUCAAUUAGAAUUUCCCAGCUGUGUUAAUAUAUUGGAAUACAUUUUGUUUUCACAUGUCCUUUUCUGUAAGUGUUGCAAACAGUGCCUUAAGGACCAUCUUAAAUUUGGUACAUUCUGUAAAUUUUUUUUUUUUUUUAUUCUUCAGUUUAAAAGAUACAAACCACCUUUUGGACCAUAUCUUGAUACGACACCACAUGCUGCUGUUACCUGUUGUUAAAUUCUAUAGUCUCUUCCAAUACUAUUGGGAUUUGGAAAGUUUGACCAAAUUAAUACAGCAGGAUGAGUGCUAUUCUUUUGGACAUGUCUCCUGUUGAGAGGAAUGUUUUCUCCUUUAGCAUGGGCAUUAGUGGGCAAUACACCUGUGGUUUGACUACUGGGCUUUACUUGAACUUUUUUUUAAUUAAAUUACUACAGAUAUUUUCUGCUACAAGCAAGGACUAGUUAAUACAAUGUCAGAAAUACAACUGUUUAGUUAGCCAGAAAGCACACCACUUUAGGAUUACAAAUGUUGUGGUGCUUUAGGGAAUGGCACCACAGUAGGUUCCUCUUACCAGAACACAGCAUUCCCAACUUGCCUCACUUUUAAGUGGUGUCUUAAGAAAAGUGAUUAAUCUCCUGGUUGGAAGCCCCAUACUAAAGUUAUUAAGAGCUCCUUAUGGGAAUGGCUUGACCAUAUAACCAUGUAAAUUGUAUAUAUAUUAAAAGGAGAACCGGGCAGAAGUAGUCAGACAGUUUUCUGGAUUCAGCUGAGCAUUCAUCAUUACCUAACUCCCCGUUAGGACAGUAGGAUUUGGGAGGGACACAGGUGAGAAGAAAGUUAGUUUUGUGGUGGUUUUCCAUGUGUUGGUGCUGGGACCCUUAGACUUGAUCCUGUAAACCCUGACUUGCUGCUUGGACAGCCGGAUAACAAAACCUCCUGGACCAGUGUCUGUUGUAUGUGGGCUAUAAAGGAAAUUGAUAACCACUUACAUUUUAAAUUGAAAUGCUCUUGAGCUGGAGCUCAAUUGUAAAAACACUUCGAAAACAUCUAUUUAUUGGGCCAAAAUUUAGUUUUAAGACCAAGUUUAAGAAAACUGUUGAUUUUUGUUACAGUUGACCCAACUUACAAAUCCUGUAUAGUGAAGUACUGUUUAGCUUGUACAAAACAAUGUUUUAUCUGUUUCGGAAAGUCUAUCAAUAGCUUUUUAUAGACUUCUUUUUUUUGGUUUAACAUGAAGACUUCUUUUCUGUUAGCUAGAAUCAUUAGUCUGUGGUGUUACUUGAAUAAUAAAUUACAAGAACUUCAGAGAGGAAGAGAUGAUUGCAUUGUACAAAUGAAAUAACAAAACAAGUAAUCUUGCCAACUGCCUUGCUUUCUUACCACAAUCAAAGGUUUUUGUGGGUCAACACUUUAAGUAAAUCGUAGGAAAAAUUAUUUUUUCUUCAAAUUUUGAAGUGAGCAUUGAUUUGGUUUAUUAAUAGUCUAUCUUUUCUAUGAAAAUGUGGGGAUGUGCUUUUUUAAUGCAUACAGUUUCAUGUAAUUUUCAUUUUUGUUUUAAUCUCUCCUUUUAUGGAAAUUGUAAGUAUGGGGGGAUUACACUGAAGAUGUAAUAAAGAGAAUGACUGGACACUUGCACUUGUGCUAUUGUGAGUAUUCUAAGUUGGCGCACCAGCAAAAUUGGUCUUCUAUAAUUUCAUGUCUUCUGAAAACUGAGAAGGGCAUCCUUGCUAAUAAGGAAUUGUUAAAAGGGCUGGAUGCUAGGAAAAUAGUAGUUGGGUUCUGUAUCUAAAUAUUUGUCUCAAAGCCUGUUAAUUCAAAGAAAGUUGCCUCACACCAAAGUUGUAUGUCUUUGUAAAGAUCAGACACCAGCAGCAGCUUUAGUGGGUUAAAACUUGAUUUCUGACAUCACUGUGGUUUAAAUGCAGGGCCUUUUCCACAAAAAUAAUCUAGUAUCAGUGGAAUCUAAAUAUCAGUGGACCUCUGUGUGGAUUUUGGUUUGAUUCUCAAGGCUAAGGUCCUGUGUCCUGAAAUUCUUACUUCACUGUAAGUUUUAUCACUACUCUGUAACACUGUCAUAUAAAUCAAGGACUUUGCAAAUUUUUAUAAAUGUUUAUUAGUUACUUCUCUGUCAUGCAGGCUUUGAGUUGCGCUAAGUGAAAAUGGCACUUUGAGAGCUGCCCUCUCUAAAAUACUUCUAUUAAAGUAAAUGUAAAAUACAAGACCAUGUUGGACCAUGGGGGAAAUCGCAACUAAUCUGCUCUCAGGUUUUAAUCUUUUGAAGCUUCUGUGUGUCGUAAUAUCUUCCAAACCCGGUGUGUUCUCCCGCGCUGUGAAUUGACUGACAUUCAGAAAUAAAAUCAAGUUGGUAUUUGUGGUUUCUGGAUUUUUUAA